GUGCACGUGCAAGCAGGCGGCGUAUGUUAUGGCGGCCAGACGUCUAUUUGGGGCUACCCGGGCCUGGGCCAACUGGCGGACCCGGGAGCUCCCGGACUCCCUUGCACCCGUAAUGGUCCUGGUCCGAGAUUAUGCCAAGAAACCGGUCAUGAAGGGCGGCAAAGGCGGCGUGGUCAGUGAGGCUCUGAAGGACCCGGAUGUGUGCACAGACCCCGUUCGGCUCACCACGCACGCCAUGGGUGUUAACAUUUACAAGGAGGGCCAGGAUGUGGUCCUGAAGGCGGACGCCGAGUACCCCGAGUGGCUGUUCCAGAUGAACGUGGGCCCCCCCAAGAAGCUGGAGGAGCUGGACCCUGAGACCCGGGAGUACUGGCGGCUGCUGAGGAAACACAAUAUCUGGCGCCACAACCGGCUGAGCAGGAACAAGAAGUUCUAGCGGGGGGGGCACCCCACCCCGAGGCCCCCGGAGGGCCGGCGUCGCCCCCACCCUGCCCCCACGGAGGGCCGAGCAACCCACCCUGGAGGGGCCAGCAUCAUCCCGACCCUCUCCCCACAGAAGGGCCAGGCACCCCACGCGGGAGGACCUGGGAAGGGCGGCGUCACCCCUGCUCUGCCCCCCGAGAGGACUUUUCAUUUUCCUGCAGAAAAGAGACUUUUUCCACAGCAGAGGCGGCCCCCUUGCCUGCCCACUACUCCCAGUGAGGCUGGACCAGGGCCUUGGGGGCCAAUAAAGACCUUGGGGUCCCUGUGGCCAG